GACAAAAGCGCGAGAGAGUUAAGUCUGUGUCGUGUAGCAGGCCAUGUUAUAUCUACCGUUCGUGAAAUGUAGGUCGUUAUUGAUUGAUAUUUCCAUGAUAUACGGUUAAUUUUAAAACAAUACAACGAUGUGCCAUGCGGUAUGAAGUAGUGAUGUCCAUCAGUCAGACAGUCACACAUUCAAAUAUAUAUGUAAAAAGGAUAUCCUAAAUCAAUUUAUCAUUGAGAUAUAGUUGGGAGGCUAUCAUUGAUAUAAAUCUCAUCAAGUCUGUGUACCGGUGAAAGGUAUGUAUAUGGCAAGUGGUAUAGAAACCGGGCAAGUUGUAAGACAAGUAUCAUCAGUGCCAACUCAUAAAGGCCAACAGAAUAACACGUCAGUGGGCUGUCUUCCCUUCUCCCACAAUCGUCAACAUUCUGACAACUUUCCAGAUGUACUUGAUAAUGAAAGUUAUUCACCAGCAGAUUCUAACAGACUCGAUGAUGUAAUCAGAAAUUCAGAAUCUCAACCAAUGCCGAGUACUAGUAGAGUAGAAGACAAUAGUCGAGAAAGAGAGCCACAUGGAAUUGGUUACAGAGUUCCGGGAGUUCCUGAACAAAUUGUUUUAAAUAAUAGCAAUGAACCGCCUUCAGAUACGUUGGAUAAUUCUCUGCAUUUACAUGAACAAAGUGAGAACACCUCUGGAAGAGCGAACCCAGUGCAGUUACCCACUUACAGAUCAAUUCAUACGCGGGAUAUAAAUGUUGGUGUAUCAACACGAUUAGAUAAUAGAACAGACGCUCUACCAGACUUAUUACAUUCACAUGUGCCACAACCGGUUCGACCAGUUGCUUUACCGUCACAACAGAGAACAGCGGCAACUCGUAACGAAAGACGUGCAAGGACAAGUGAAACUCGUAACCAGUCAAAUUAUCGAACAAGGGAAACUCCCACAAGAUCAACACGUCAUGGACAUCGGACGCGCAACCGGUCAACAAGUUCCUCGCAAUUGGAUGAUGCUGUAUGUAAAGCACCGUGUGUUAGAUGUUUUGUGAAGUUAACAUCAUUUCGCUGGGUAUUAGUGGUAUUAUCAUUAUUAGGCGUGUGUUGUGUAGUUACUGGAAUUGUAUUAGCUGCCUUACAUGCUGCUGGUAACAGUUUUCUUUUCUUGGCUAUAAUGUUUAUUGGUUUAGGUGUAUUAUUAGUAAUUGUUGUUGGUGUUGGCUGGAAGUGUACUCCCAGAGGUCAUGAACCAUUGCAUGCCUUAUUUGGUAUAGGAGAUUUUCAAAGACGGCGGGGAGAAAGAAGACAACAUCGACCUCACCGAAGUCGGGACAACAAUUGGUAUGGAGGUGUGCUAUAUCCAGAAUUCCAGUAUAGACGUCCACCUCCAACAUAUGCAGCAUCCAUGCAGGAGUAUCAAAACCAAUUACAUCUAGCUCAACAACAACAACAACAACAACAAACAGCAGCUACUCCGCCUACUAACCCUGAUAAUUACAGUCUUCCUAGUUCCCCACCCCCAUCAUAUCGUUCACGUGCUAGUACUAUACAUUCCGGUAUUCAUAUAACAUUCCCACCUAAUAAUGAAGACUAUCCUGACUCACGACCACCUACAUACAGAUCACGUCGUGGAUCAGCUCAUCCGCGACCUCCUAUACCUAGGGAGGAGUUUGAAUCGAUGGAUAGGGAUGAUCAUCCCCCGGCCGAUGUAUCUUUUGCCGGGCCUGCGGUAAAUACUGGAGUUGCGGAUGUACAGCGAAAUCAAUCAGCUAGUGACAGACAUCCUGUUGUGUCACAAGACAGUACGGUUACUGUUAAUGGAAGAGUUAUUGAACCUAUAACUACUUCUGGUACUGUAAGUACAUCGGCUAAUAGUGAUAACUCUCCUUCAUCUAGUGUCAAUCAAACAGCUCAAUCUACAAUAGCUCAACCUACACAAUUAAACAAACUAUCUAGUUCUAAUCAGUCCAAUAUUACCACAAAUAAUAAUACUGGUGAGGAACCACAGAGAGUUGAAACAUCUCUAUGAGAGAAAAACUAUAUAUAUGUGUGCUAUCAAUAAAAAGUGGUUUACAUAAAUGUGAUGGUGACUUUUAUACUUUUAAAAUGUGUUUUAAAAUCAAAGCAUAUAUAUUUAAUAUUAGUUCUAUUUUUUAGAAACACGAUUUUUUAUAUAUCUUUGUAAAUAAUAAACUGUAUUUAUGUACAUGUAUGACCAUAUUUAAUAACAUUUUUACUGAUGUAUUAUUAACCACUGUAUUGCAGUAGGGCAUAGGUUGUUGUUUUUUAUUGACUAUCUAUUUAACAUUCUAUUUAACAAUGAAUUUAAAAAUGUCCACAUAUCUAGACAUGCUUUUAAUGUCCAUAUUGACACAAAGUUACCUAACUUUUAAAUGUAACCUCUUGAGAAAUUACCAGAUGUUUAUAUUUCAUUGGAUCAAGCUGCUGAUAAUAAUAGCCAGAAUGACACUGUAAUAUCCUUUUUAAAUUUUUGCACACAUUUUUAAUAACAGUGUCUUUGAUGGAUCAUGGAUUGGUAAUCUAUCAUUUUCAUAAAAAAAAAUGACUAUCAAUAUAUUUUAGUCAUUUUUCAAAAGGAGCUUUAAUUUUUCCUCCACUUUGACUAUCAAUAUAAUUUUAGUCCUUUUAUAAACAAAUUAGAUUUCAUUUUUCCUCAAUUUUGACUAUCCAUAUAUUUUAGUCAUUUUUAUAAAGAAGAUUUAAAUUUUUCUUCCACUUUCACAAAGAGUCACAACUAAGAUUUAAUGUCGAGAUUUAAGCAACCUGUAAGAAGAACAGAAUCCUCUCACCAGUUUCAUCUUUAUUGAAUAAAAGUAAAUACAUUUUGUUCUAGUACGUUUCCAGUUAGCUUUAAAUUAUUUUAAAGAAAUUUUAUCUAGUGCCAAAGUUGUUACAGUUUAUUUUUGUAUGAGUGAAUGCCAUGUAAAUUUAGGCAUAAAAUGUAUAUGUUAAAAUGCUGUUUAAGAUGACUAAAUUGGGUUAUUCAAUACAUCAAAUGGUAAAAUGCUUGGGAUAAGAAAUAUGAAAGUAGUAGUCUUUUUAAACUUAUACACCAAAAUUUUAUUCAAUUUUAUUUUUCGGUUAUUUACCUCACUUCAUCUUGGUCUAAAAACAUUUUUUUAAAAAGCAUGUUCAGUAAUGUGUAGAUUGUGAUUUGUUGUUAACUAAUGAAACCUGUGAUUUAGAAAAUUCCAGGAAACAUGAUUGGCUAUCUAAUGAGAUCAGUGGUACUAUUGUGCUGUUGUCACUGGCUGUCACAGGCCCAGAAUAUGCUUUAUUUAAAAUGUAGAUGUUAAAAGAAAGUCUAACCAAACAAACAGGAUGAAAAUAACAUUUGUUAUAAUAUGAUAAUGGAAAUACUCAGAAUUGUAUUCCGGCUUCUCAUCCAAUUUAAAAUUAUAAUUUAAAAGAUUGAUAUGACUUCAAGAAAGAUAUUUUAAUGAAUUAUGUGUCAAUUUGUUUAAUAUAAAAAUAAAUUGAUUUUUUUUUUACUUUUAAUUAGUGCUCUAGAUAUUCCCAAACUUUACUCUCUCUUUGAAAUAUUUGUAUCAAAUAUGUUUUAAGAAAAAUUGAUAUACCUGAUUUUGACAUUUUGUUAUUGUAAAAAAUAUAAAAAGAUUUGACAGAUUUCAAUUUUUCUAUAAAUAAAACAAAAAUAUCCAUUGAUAUAUUCUUGAAUGUGUGCUCAAUCAAAAUUAAGCAUUUCUUGGAUUAAAUUCUCAACAAAAAUGAUAUCUAAAGGCAUUAUAUUAUAAAUCAUACAUAUUUUAUUAGAACAAAUAUUUAUUUGAUUAUCAAAUACAAUAUUUCAUAAAUCAUACUUAACUACUGUUGGAUCUAAUACAUACUAUUAUUGAAUUAAUGAAAGAUACAAAUUCCUUUGUUUAUGAUUUAUUUUAACUGUUGCAGAGUUCACGUAACUAAUAUUAUAGUUUUUAAAGGCAUUUUACUUGGAAAUGUAUACAAUGUCAUCAAUUUGAUCUUUUUUAUGAUGAAAGCUAAUUUGUUUAACCUAUAAAUUAUUUAUGAGAUAUGUGAACUUCAUUCUAUGUAAAUAAUAUACUGAACAUUCUAUUAAUAUACUGCUUAUUUACAAAUACUGUAUGUAAGCAAAUACUAAUCAUUCCAAAACAACAAUAAAAUAUUUAUAAUAA